AACAAAAACAGAUCACGAGUCACUCCACGACAGAGACCCAUUUGCCUCCGCCGUGCCUUUUUCUCCCAACACUCACUGCAUCUUUUCCCUAUAAAACAAUCAGAGCCUUUAUAGCAAAACCAAGCUUCGGAAAAAUUCAGUGCUAAAAAUUUUUCUCUCCAUUUUUCUUUCCCAAACAAUGAUCACCUAUCAUCAGUCAUUGAUUUUAGUCGUUUUCCUCGCCUUGAGCUUCUCUUCCAUUGCCGUCCAUGCCCUCAACGUCGGCCCCCAGAAAGCAGAUUCUCCAAUCACUGUGAGUAAAGAUUGCAGUAGAAAAUGUGAAUCAGAGUUUUGCACAGUUCCUCCACUUUUGAGAUACGGAAAGUAUUGUGGGCUGUUGUACAGCGGAUGCCCAGGGGAGGCACCUUGCGAUGGACUAGAUGCAUGUUGUAUGAAGCAUGAUGACUGUGUUCAAUUCAAGAACAAUGAUUAUCUUAGCCAAGAGUGUAGCCAGAACCUCUUAAAAUGUAUGGAUAAUUUCCAAAAAUCGGGGGCUCCGACCUUUCCCGGGAACAAAUGCGACCCGGCUGAAGUUGUUAAUGAAAUUUCAGUAGUGAUAGAAGCUGCCCUGGUUGCUGGAAGAUAUCUGCAUAGGCCAUAGACUUCAAAGGAGAAGAGAUGAGUGAAUCUCAUUUCUGGUUGAUUCUUUUCUUCUUCCCUAUAGUUAUUUCCUUGACAAUAUUAUUUUUAUGUUAUGAACUCUCCAAUUCAAUUAUUCCUAUCAUGUUUAUAAUUAAUAACUAGAAAAUAAAAUUGAAGACCCUCAACUGUUGGAGAUAAAAAUGGAAAGGUGAAAUAGAUGUUGUCCUUUUUAGUUGAUCAGAUAGUGUAAUCGAUUGUAUCUUUAGUUGUUAUUUGCAACUCAAAUGACUUGUGUACUACAUGUUUUAGAACAUUGAAUUCAUAUUCUUUCUUCUGCUCUAAAAAAUAAAUAUUCAUCUGAUUU